CUAUGUCUGGUCGGGGUAAAGGCGGUAAGGGUCUCGGUAAGGGUGGUGCUAAGCGCCACCGCAAGAUUUUGCCCGACAACAUCCAGGGCAUCACCAAGCCCGCCAUCAGGCGACUGGCCCGGCAUGGGGGUGUCAAGCGCAUCUCCGGCCUUAUCUACGAGGAGACCCGUGGGGUGCUCAAGGUCUUUCUGGAGAACGUGAUCCGCGACGCUGUCACCUACACCGAGCACGCCAAGUGCAAGACAGUCCCCGCCAUGGACGUGGUCUAUGCGCUCAAGGGCCAGGGCCGCACCUUGUACGGCUUCGGAGGCUGAAUCUGAAUUCACAAACUCGAAUUUUGCAGUCAUAGUCAAGGCCCU